AUGGCUCAGAUGGUUAAACAAUUUUACCAAGUAUAAUGUCCAAGUUAAAUACAAGUUUUCUGCACACAUUAAAGUCUCUACGAACAUUUUGAACUGAAUUUCAACAAAAAUAAUAAAAUUUAAAACAAUAAAAGCAUUAUUUUCGUAAAUUUGUCUAAGUUUUUUUUUUUCUCGAUUUUUCCCAAUUAUUAUGUAAAUCGCUUGAAAAAUCAAGUACUCAUUAAAGUACUCACCGGGUACAAUUUAUUUUCAGAAAAAGCGCUACACUUGAUCAAGAUUUCUAGGUAGAAUUUUCGUAAAAAAAAAAAAUAAUAAUAAUAAUAAUAAAAAAAAUUAUUGUUUAUCCGGUACAAUCUUCGGCGCGCUUAGAAUCUAAAAACUAUUGCAUUACUUUCAACUUUUUCUACUUGAAACCUUUUAAGUAGUCGCCGUGUGCCCCGUACCAUUCAAAUAACUUUUUUCGCAAAGGACGCUCGUGAAGUACAAUAUAUUAUAAUAAGAUCGUAAGAGUGUACGCGUUAUAUCCCGUUCGCGCCUUUAGUGUUGGCGUGUCGCCGUCGGGGGCGGCGUGCCGCCCGGUCGCCGUCGCAGCCGUCGUCGGCGGCCACCGUCAGCAGGGGGCGCGCACGUAUUAUUACGUGUCUCCAGGCACGCCACGCGAAAUGUUCGCCCGUUUAGUUGUCGAGGCGCUAACUCCGCUGGCCGAUUGUCGAUCCGAUCAAACUUUUCCGCAGUCCCGCAGCAGCUUCCGUCGACCGUGUUCAAGCCGCUUAUUAUUUAUCGAGUAUUGUCGCCCGCCGUCAUCCAGUCCGCCGCCCGCACGGACAUCGUUUUCGACUGCACCGUUGACGUACCGCUUUCACCACGCUUAUCUCACGCUUGAUUUACGAAUACUUCUUUGGUAA